CGACGGAGCGGUUGGCGUGGCAACGCGUUGACGCUCGCUAUUUCCCCGGAAAACUCCAAGAAAAGGACACGCGCCAGUCUUUGAGACCGCUGCUGUGUUCUUUAGAGUUUCAGUGAGUCGCCAUGAUUGAUUCCUCCGGCGCACAGGUUGUUUUAGCCUCAUCCAGCGACGACAAUCACCCGCCUGAAAACAUCACGGACGGAAACAGCAAGACGUUCUGGAUGUCCACCGGGAUGUUUCCCCAGGAGUUCGUCAUCCGCUUCGCUGAAACAACCAACAUUUCCUCCCUGACGGUGGAGAGCUACAACAGUAUGAGAUUCAAGCAUCUACGGAUAGAAAAGAACACCUCACAGAGUGCUGCUCAGUUUGAGCCUGUCACACAGGAAGAGUUUGAACGCACAGAGGGACAUCUUCAGGCGAAUGCUAUUUCUCUUAAUGGCUGCAGUGCGACCCACCUUCGUUUUAUCAUCGCUGCGGGAUAUGACCACUUUGUGUCGGUGCACAGAGUCAGCGUGCAAACGUCGUGAACCUAAAUUGUGUAUUUGUUGUAAAUGCAAUCCUGAUAACCCAUUAACACGUGUGUGUGUGUGUGUGUGUAACCGGUGCGUCUGUGUUGCAUAGUUUAGGUGAGUCUAUUCAUUUUAAUCUGCAGUAAGAGUCCUGCUAAUCUUUUGGCCGCAGUACUAGCGGCAGACAAAAAACAUAUGGCUUAAAGUUCUGACUCUAAUUCCAGGAUUAGCUUCAAAACAUUUCUACUGUUUUUAGGUUAUGUAAUGUUGUGGAUUCGCUUCUAAAGCUUUGUGUCCCGCAUUCAACUGUCCCCGCUCAUUUCACGAGCUGAUAAGUUGGCGAAGCUUUUCAAAUAAAAGGCUUGGAUUGUGUUGAAUUGCAGACUUCCCCACAAAGGCGCUUUCUCUCUGCGCGAGAGAUAGAGUUAAUUAACUAAUUUUCAGCAGCGGGGGCCUAAAUUGGUGUUCGUACUGUGCUCCCACCUGCCUGCCCACCAACACCCCUGGGCAAUUCCCCUCCAAAGGGCAGGUUCUGACGUCCCCCCACGGACGCCAGGAUUGGUCGCAAAUGCUGCUGGCGGCGGCGGGGUUGGGGAACCAGAUGGCUUCCCAGCCAACCAGCGAGUGUCCAGAAGCUGCUGGCUUAUUUACACAAACUAAUCUACCCGACUCUUACUCUUAUACCCGUCACACACACACACACACACACACACACACACGCACGCACGCAUCCACACAUACAGGAACAAAAGCUUGCACACAAACACUUCUCUCUACCUCCAUAUCUAACCCCAAUGCCGUUUCAACUUGUCAGGAGGCAAAGGCUUCGGCGGCAUACGAGGACCCUUUGGGACUCCUUCUCCAAUUACUUGCUGACUGCGGAGGAGCUUGGGAAAUUUGCAAAGGCUGUGUUUGCUAAAGCUCGGUCUGCAUGCAAGCCUCAGAGUAAACUAAUAAAAUAUGAAAUACGUGCCUGAAUAACUAGCCCCCUGAUAUUUUGGAGCAACUAAUUGCUCAGGGAUACGGCAGGGUUAUAGCACAUUUGAGUAUGCGAGUGCGCGGUGAGUAAUGAGAGCGGGGUAAAAACUGAUACAGUGCUAUUGACUCAUUCAUAAUUUACCUCUAUAAGAGUAUUUACUAUCAUCUUAGAACCGACUGCUGGGUGAGAAAUGGAUAAAACCCCUCCUUCAUGUGGGUAAAAAAAAAAAAUUUUUUUUUACACAAUCUUUGAAAUUAUGAAUGUUUUAUGUUUGCUGGCAGUGAAUAAAUAAGGCAGAGGUCCUUAAUUUGAAUGCCGGGCAGGUCUGCGGCAGGCGCCAUUCUGGAACUAAUGAAUUCAGACCUUUUUUUUGUGCUUAACUGUCAGCCGAUCAGGAGAAUCACAGCAGGAUAUGAGCGCAUCAUUAUCAUGUCACAGCAGCAGACAGGGCCAAGUUAUCACCGUGUGUCCUCUGACGGCUGCCCUUCCAAUCAACCGGGGACAUCUGCCAGGCCAAAUGUCCAUGCAAAGUGAUGCCGAUCGUGACCUUUCUGCAAAAAAAACAACAACAACAAUAACAAAAAAAAAAAUCAUGACUCAGAGCUUAACUGGUGCUAUCUAAUUUGACUCGUGAAAUAUGACACGAAACGAAGAAAUAAAAACAGUCAGGCAAG